GAUGUGAAGUUGAGUAAAAGCUCAGAGUCGGUCGCUUCGCCUUCCAUUUCAGACCCUUCUCAGAUCAAUCGAUGGCCUCGGGCAAGGCGACUGUCGUUCUUUUAUGUGGUUGUUGUUUCUUGGCCAUGCUUGUUGGUGCUGAGGACCCGUACAGGUUCUUCGAUUGGAACGUCACGUUCGGAGAUAUCUACCCUCUGGGAAUCCGGCAGCAGGGGAUACUGAUCAAUGGGCAAUUCCCAGGGCCGGAUAUCCAUUCACAGACCAACGACAAUAUUAUCGUAAACGUAUACAACAGCCUGACAGAGCCCUUUCUCAUCUCAUGGAACGGGGUGCAGCAAAGAGGGAACUCAUGGCAAGAUGGCGUCUCGGGGACCAACUGCCCCAUCCCACCCGGGAAGAACUUCACUUACGUGAUGCAUCUCAAGGACCAAAUCGGCAGCUUCUUCUACUUCCCGUCCUUGGCCUUCCACAAGGCGGCCGGCGGCUUCGGGGGCAUCCGGAUCCUGAGCAGGCCCCGCAUCCCCGUGCCCUUCGCCACCCCCGCCGAUGACUUCACCCUCCUCAUCGGUGAUUGGUACAAGGCCGGUCACUCGGUUCUAAAAGCCAGGUUGGACCGCGGCAAGAGGCUCCCCUUCCCGGACGCCAUUCUCAUCAAUGGCCGCAGCUCCAAUGGCGCCACCUUCGCAGUCGAUCAAGGCAAGACGUACAGGCUGAGGAUCUCCAACGUUGGGCUGCAGAACUCGUUGAACAUCCGGGUGCAGGCGCACACGAUGAAGCUGGUGGAGGUGGAGGGCACUCACACCUUGCAGAACGACUACUCUUCCCUCGACGUGCACGUCGGCCAGUCGUUGUCGGUGCUGGUCACCGCCGACCAGCCCGUCCGGGACUACUACAUCGCCGUGUCCACCCGGUUCACCAACCCCGUCCUUACCGCCACUGCCACUCUUCACUACCGCAACUCGAAGCAGAAGGCGUCGGGAUCCAUCCCGGCAGGGCCUACGGGUCAGAUCGAUUGGUCUCUGGAGCAAGCGCGCACGAUCAGGACGAACCUCACUGCAAGCGGGCCAAGGCCGAAUCCGCAGGGCUCAUACCACUAUGGCUCGAUCAACGUGACCCGGGCGGUCCGACUCGCCAACUCAGCCGCCCAGGUGAACGGCAAGCAACGUUACGCGGUGAACAGCGUCUCGUUUGUGGAAGCGGACACCCCCUUGAAGCUCGCCGAUCACUUCAAGAUCGGCGGCGUCUUCCGGCUCGGGAGCAUCGCCGACUACCCCCCGGGCGCCAAGGAGCACCUCGACACCUCGGUCAUGGCGGCCGACUUUCACGCCUUCGCGGAGAUCGUGUUCGAGAACAAGGAGAGCAUCGUCCAGAGCUGGCACCUCGAUGGAUACAACUUCUGGGUCGUCGGAAUGGAUGGUGGAAAAUGGAGCCCGGACAGACGAAGGGAUUACAAUCGCAUCGAUGCAGUGUCUCGCUGCACUACCCAAGUAUAUCCCAAGUCAUGGACUGCUGUUUACGUCGCCCUCGACAACGUGGGGAUGUGGAACCUGCGGUCGGAGUUCUGGGGGCGCCGGUAUCUCGGUCAGCAGUUCUAUCUGCGUGUCUACUCUCCUGUGGAAUCAGUAAGGGACGAGCAUCCAAUCCCAAACAACGCCCUUCUCUGUGGUAGAGCAGCUGACCGAUCUACUCGCCCACUCUAAGCUAAGGCUGGCUUAAGGGAAGAAGCUCCUGCUGAUAUUUCAAUCAUAUCAUCUCACCUAUAAGAUUUGUGCUGAAGACAUUCGGUCCAAAUGUUCUAAGGUUUCUUUUCUUCUUGGCAAUAAGUUCUUUUCCCAAAGAGUACUCUCAAUAUUUAUGUAGCCACGUAAGUUAUAUUCUCACGAG